CGAACUCGGUGGCACGCUGUAUAUAAAUGAUCGCAGGUUGUUGCAAGCGACAAGAAAAUGGAGUAGGAAAUUAUAUAUUAAUGUCUGUGAGUAGGAACCUUUAAUUAAACGUCAAACAAAUGUUUGUUCGUGGUUGUAUCCGAACGAAACAAAUCUUUGGCGCUCUCGUCUUGUCUUCAAAUUGAAUCAAAUUUUAUACCAUCAACAUGGCGGAUAAAUCAGAAAGAGAUCAAGAUGAAGAAGACAGUAAGUCUCGAACUCGAGUUAAGGAUGAACCAAUGGAAAUGGAUUUCGCGGAAGAGGAAGAACCCCCAGCGUUUGGCCCAGCUGCACUUGGGCUACAUAGAGUCGGCACCAAGUUGCCGCCAAAACCAACACCGAGUGAACCAGUGCAAAAACUAAAUGCACGAGGCAUGCCGGCGCGGAUUAGGAAGAAAAAUAGGUUUAUAUUUGUUGAUGACUUUGUGAAUACAUCUCCGCCAAGACAGUCACCAAAGAGGACUCCGAAAAUAAUAUCCAAAACUCCUAUUAAACAAUCAAGUGCCAAAAAACAAAAAUCACCAUCUAAAGUUCAAAGGAACAAUGACAAAUAUGAUGACAAAAUGCCAGAAAGUCCUGGCAGCCAGUCUCCAGACAGAAAAUCUGGUCAGCGGAUUGGAAUGAGACUAAGAAACUUGUUGAAAUUGCCAAAGGCACAUAAGUGGGUGUGCUUUGAAUAUUUUUAUAGUAACAUUGACAAAGCCCUUUUUGAUGGAGAUAAUGAUUUUAUGAUUUGUCUCAAGGAAUCUUUUCCUCAACUGACAAAUCGCAAAUUGACUCGAAUUCAGUGGACAAAAAUAAGACGAAUGAUGGGUAAGCCGCGCCGAUGUUCCCAAGCGUUUUUUGCAGAAGAGCGCAGGGAACUAGAUAGGAAAAGGAAAUUAAUACGAUAUAUACAGCAGAGAAAAACUGCAGAUAUUUGCAUCAAAGAUCUACCAAAUGAAAUUCCCAUGCAAUUAAUUGUGGGAACUAAAGUAACAGCAAGAUUACGAAAACCCCAGGAUGGUUUAUUCACAGGAUGCAUUGAUGCUGUUGACACAUCUAACAAUACUUACAGAAUAUCAUUUGAGAGACCCAAGCUGGGAACCCAUUCAGUGCCUGAUUAUGAGGUUUUGUCCAAUGAACCACCAGAUACGAUAAGCCUUGCUAGUAUUUCAAAUAAAUUUAGGCCUCGCCAUGUCAUGCAAGGAAUCUUUAAUUUGUUUCAGCCUUCUGUCCCAAAUUCUAACAACAACAACGCUCAAAGUGAUCCACUCAUAGGCUGCUCAGAUAUUACUAAGCAAUUUGAUUCAACAUUGGGAAAUUACCCAGUUCCUUUAUUGGAGUUGGUGGUAAAGUUGACAAAAAUAUUGCGUGCAAAGAGAGUGAAAAUAGAUAGACUUCGGGAAUAUAAUUGUGAAGCUGAAAAGAGAAAGUGUUUUGGAGAGAAAAUGCCAGAAGAUUUUGAAAAAAAAUAUGCUGCUGUUGUUAUUGACUUAGAAAGAAUGAACAUGGACUUGCAAGAAUGUAUAAAUGAAAUUCAGCUGUACUGCCAGGAAAUAGCCCCUGGACCUAGCUUGGAUGCUAUGUUAGCCCCCUCGCAUCUAAGAGAAAAAUGCAGAGAGGAGGCUAGUGUCCUUGUAGACAAGAAUAACAAGGGUUCUGUGAAAGAUGACUUCUUGAUUGAACUUAUUACAGAUCUUACUGCCCUAAUGUUACAAGUUAAAAGUUUAUCUGAUUCAGAUGAGAAUGCUUAUGAAUUGAGUGUUUUGCAAGGCACAAUGGACCAGAUAAAAAUGAAGUUACAACCUCAUCAUCAAAAGUUAUUCCAAAACAGCGUGGAAGUCCAUAUGCACAGAAUACAAAUGGGAUUAGGUCAAAUGUCUUCUAAUACAUCUCAUCACACAUAAUGCCAUUAUUUUCACAAAGAAGUUCUUUCUAAAUUUGUUUCAUUAUAAUUAUUAAUUCUCAAUUAGGUAUAUUCAAUGAAAUUUGCAUAUUUUAGUACAAUGCUCAUACUAUCUUUUCUAAAUUAUGGCUUCCACCUGACUUUCGGUGAUUCUGCCUAUGUCAUGAUUUGAAGAGACACGAAGUUACGAAAUUGAUGAUGAAUCAUUAUGCAAUAUGAAAGAAGGUUAUAGACAGGUGUAUAAACACCAUUGUGACAAUUCUAGAGUGAAGUAUAAUUAUACAAAAAAAUGUGUGAUAAGACUAUUUUAUAAAACUAGUUCCCUAGAUGUAGUUCUUUAAUGUACUGUUAAGUACCAAACUUAAUUCGUUUUUUUAAUAUAUACUAGCGACCCGCCCCGGCUUCGCACGGGUGCAAAAUUCGGAAAAAAUUAUACAUAAAAACCUUCCUCUUGAAUCACUCUACCUGUUACAAAAAACCCUAUCAAAAUCAGUUGCGUAAUUUUAAAGAUUUAAGCAUACAGACAAACAGACUAAAAUAGCGACUGUUUUAUACUAUGUAGUGAUUUGGCAAUAAAAUUUGGUACCAGCUUCUUUGAAAUUAUAUGUUAAAAUGGAUUUUACUUUUAAAUAUAGGUAAUUAAAUACUUUUAUAACAUAGCCGUUGUACCUAUAUUGCAAAAUAUUUAAGAUUAAAAUUAAAUAAUAUAAGUGUACAUAAUAGAUGCAGAUAUGCACGCACCAGAAUAAAUUGCAUCAUUUUUUAAACAGGCCUUAUAAAUUUUACCUAAUCCCAAAAAUACACGACAUUGGUGUUUUUGUGAUAGGUAUGAACUACAAGACAUUACUUUUUUAGGAAUAAAAUCAAUUGAUUGAGAUGUACCUAUCUAGAAGCUUUUGUGCUGAUAGUGUAAUAAAAAUAUUGGUUUGUAUUUA